CUCGUCCUCCCACCAUGUACUCUGCAGGCCUGGAGAUCCUGGGGAUGAUCCUGGCGGUGGCGGGCUGGCUGGGGGUGAUGGUGGCGUGCGGCCUGCCCAUGUGGCGCGUGGCGGCCUUCAUCGGCCAGAACAUCGUCAUCUCCCAGGUGAUCUGGGAGGGCCUGUGGAUGAACUGCUCGGUGCAGAGCACGGGCCAGAUGCACUGCCGCGUCCACGAGUCCAUGCUGGGGCUUCCCACGGACCUGCAGGCCGCCCGGGCCUUGGUCAUCGUCUCCAUGGUGAUGAGCAUCGUGGGAAUCGGCUUGGCGGUGGCCGGCGCCAAGUGCACCAACUGCAGCCGGGACGUGAGCAGCAAGCCGCGGCUGGUGGCGGCGGCCGGCGUGACGUUCGUGGCGGCCGGGCUGCUGAUGCUGGUGGCCGUGUCGUGGAUGGCCCACGCCAUCGUGCUGGGCUUCUACGACCCCAUGCUGGAGGAGACGGGGAAGCGGGAGUUCGGGAACGCUCUGUACUUCGGCUGGGCCGCGUCCUGCCUGCUCAUCCUGGGGGGCGCUCUGCUCUGCUGCUCCUGUCCGUCUAAAGCAGCGGCAGCGCCGAGUGGCGCCGUCUCCGCAGCGCCCAGGGUGGAUUACUCAGCCGUCAAAAGCACUUCGGUCAACGGAUACACCAGGAAGGACUAUGUCUGAACGACUGAUAUGACUGAAAAUGUUUGUGGAUAGAAAAACAAAAACAG